UUUUCUUCCACUUUAGGGUAGUGGCCGGUCCACUUGUCUGCGCACCAUGCGGAGCUCCCUAGCUCCCGGCAUCUGGCUCCUUCGCGCCUUCUCCAGGGACAGCUGGUACCGGGGCCUUGUUCUGCUGCUCACCUUUCUCAUUUACACCUGUUACCACAUGUCUAGGAAGCCACUCAGUGUUGUCAAGAGUCAGCUGCAUCAAAACUGUUCAGAGCUGGAAAACCCCAACAACGACUCCAACAGCACCACAUGGUGUAGCUGGGCUCCGUUUGAUCAAGACAACUACCAGGAACUGCUGGCAGGUGUGGACGAUGCUUUUCUGAUUGCCUAUGCUGUUGGCAUGUUCAUCAGUGGAAUUUUUGGGGAGAGACUUCCCCUUCGCUAUUACCUGUUUGCUGGGAUGCUGCUGAGUGGGAUUUUUACUUCGCUCUUUGGCCUGGGUUACUAUUGGAACAUUCACCAACUGUGGUACUAUGUGCUUAUCCAGAUCUUUAAUGGACUGGCACAGACUACAGGCUGGCCAUCGGUGGUGACCUGUAUUGGUAACUGGUUUGGGAAGGGAAAGCGUGGAUUUAUCAUGGGUAUCUGGAACUCCCACACAUCUGUGGGCAACAUAUUGGGCUCCCUGAUUGCAGGUAUCUGGGUGGAUUCAGCUUGGGGCCUGUCCUUCAUCGUGCCUGGUAUUAUCAUCGCUGUCAUGGGCAUCAUCAGCUUCUUCUUCCUUGUUGAGUGCCCUGAAGAUGUGGACUGUACCCCACCUCAGCACCACAAUGGACCUGAUGAAGACCUGGGUACAUCUGUGGAUUCAGUGUCUGGGCAUUGCCCUGAGAGGGAGAGUGGAACUGAAGGUGCUGGAUGUUCCAAGGAGUCAAAUGAAAAGCCUGAGGCCAUCAGUUUCCUAGGGGCACUCAGGAUCCCGGGUGUAGUGGAGUUCUCCUUAUGUCUGCUGUUUGCCAAGCUGGUCAGUUAUACCUUCUUAUAUUGGUUGCCCCUCUACAUUGCUAAUGUGGCUCAUUUCGGAUCCAAGGAAGCUGGGAAUUUUUCUACCCUCUUUGAUGUUGGCGGCAUAAUAGGUGGCAUCCUUGCAGGGAUCAUCUCUGACUAUACCAAUGGCAGGGCCACUACCUGCUGUGUCAUGCUGAUUGUAGCUGCCCCUCUGCUAUUCCUGUACAACUCUUUUGGCCAGACUGGGAUUGCCAGUUCUGUAGUGAUGUUGAUUAUCUGUGGGGCUUUGGUCAAUGGGCCCUAUGCUCUCAUCACAACUGCUGUCUCAGCUGACCUGGGCACACACAAGAAUCUGAAGGGCAAUGCAAAGGCACUUUCCACUGUGUCAGCCAUUAUUGAUGGGACUGGCUCCAUAGGUGCUGCUUUAGGGCCUCUGCUUGCUGGACUCAUCUCCCCUACAGGCUGGAACAAUGUCUUCUAUAUGCUUAUCUCUACAGAUAUCUUGGCUUGCCUGUUCCUCUCUCGCUUGGUGUACAAAGAGAUCCAGGCCUGGAGGGAAAAUACGAACAUAAAAAGAGGAUAUAAAGAGAUAUGAGGCCCCCGUCUGAAGUAUAGGAGCCAAGGAUUUCUGCUGGAUCCCGGGAAAAUUCCCCAAUGGAGACACCCAUAGGCAUACAGAGACAUUUGGGGCAGCCAGAGCUGCUUAGCCCCAGGCCAGCCCAAGGACCUGCUACAGGUCCUGAUAGAAUUUCCAGGGGAAAGAGGCUAAACAAUCUCAGGGAAUCAUAGAAUAAAGAAAACAACACAUUUUUGGGCAGGGAGUGUGUUGUAAGUAGUACAUACAAUAGUAGGGCUGGAGCUAAGGUGGCAUCCCAAUCACAAGAAAAAAAGGCAUGGCCUUUUGCCUAUCCUAGGUCUAGUUUCUUUGCUGAAUUGGGUGACUCUUAAAUUUUAGGUGCCAAGAUAGAAAGUAAGGAUUCUGUGGGGACAAAUCACAAUAAUUGGUCAUACUAUUCCUCUCCUCUCCCCAUUACCAUUAGAUUUGAACUGACUUUGUAACCAACUGCUCCCCUCUGCAACAGAGAUGCUUUACCAUGUUUUCAGGUGAACAGCUACAGAGUUUAGGGUCUACUCUCUGUUUCCCUGAUCUAUGACCUUCAUAUCUCUGUACUCCCAAAUUUAAUCUUCCCCCCUCUCCUGCCCUCCCCUACCAACUCUACCUGUUUAUAAAUGACAGCUCAG